GCGCACAUUCAGAACACCAAUGAUGCAGCUCUGACGUAAAACACAUUUAAAAAAAAUCCUCCUCUGAGCUCAGAUGCUCAGAAGUCAGGCACUGGGCAGGGAGCAUUCUGAAGGGCACUGCCAUUGGAAGCAGGAGAGCUACCGGACCUUUCGCUUGUCACUGACAUCAUUGUAAUGCCAUGCCAGCUCUCCUAUCAGAAGAUUUAGCCCUUGCGAUUUGAAAGUGAACCUUCCCCAGGUUCGAGGGUUUUCUGCUGCCUGUACGUCUAGCAUCCUAGGAAGCCAGAGAGCUACCCAGCAGCCUGCAGUCAUUCUCCAUCUCGGAAAAGUAUUUGCUUUGAGAAAUCGUGAAGUUGCACCUGUCCAUACUCUCGGAUUGUUUUUAACUUUUUUUUUUUUUUUAAUUUUUUAGCUGGAGCCGGAAAGGUCGGGGCCAGUUUAUUUCAAAGAAGUCUUUGGAUUUCUGAAGCUGGCAAGGGCAUAAAAUGACAAGAUAACUUGUCAGCAAGACUCCAAGUUCAGGAAGGAAUUUUUUUUCCAGGCACUUGCUAUGUUCAGAGCACCCCACAGGGGUGUCUUUGAGAAGCUGAAGUUCUGGUGUCAGUCUGGGAACUUGGAAAGCAAUGGUUGAGAAGGGAAGAUGAGCACCUGCCGGCUGGCUCUGGGAGUGAUUGAGGUUUGCCAUCACAGUUGGCGACUUGGGCUUUUUCCAUCAAAAUUUGGUGUUUCCAUGUGCUGUCCAGCCACUACUCCAGGUCAGAUGGAACUUAGGAAAGCAAGGGAGCCCAGUAAUAAAAGGGUCAAACCCCUUUCCAGAGUCACAUCUCUAGCAAACCUCAUUCCUCCUGUGAAGACCACGCCGUUAAAGCGUUUCAGUCAAACCCUGCAGCGCUCCAUUAGCUUCCGCAGCGAGAGCCGCCCUGACAUCCUUGGCUCCCGGCCCUGGUCCCGAAAUGCCGCCCCCUCGAGCACCAAGCGCAGAGACAGCAAGCUGUGGAGUGAGACCUUCGAUGUGUGCGUCAAUCAGAUGCUUACGUCCAAGGAGAUCAAACGGCAGGAGGCCAUCUUUGAGCUUUCCCAGGGAGAAGAAGACUUAAUAGAAGACUUGAAAUUAGCAAAAAAGGCCUAUCACGACCCCAUGUUGAAACUCUCCAUAAUGACGGAACAGGAGCUGAAUCAAAUUUUUGGAACACUGGACUCUCUAAUUCCUCUGCAUGAAGCGCUCCUCAGCCAGCUCCGAGAUGUUCGGAAGCCUGAUGGCUCAACCGAGCACGUUGGUCCCAUCCUCGUGGGUUGGCUCCCUUGUCUCAGCUCCUAUGACAGCUACUGCAGCAAUCAAGUCGCCGCCAAAGCUCUCCUGGACCACAAAAAACAAGACCACCGAGUCCAGGAUUUCCUACAGCGAUGCUUAGAGUCCCCCUUUAGCCGCAAACUGGAUCUCUGGAAUUUCCUUGAUAUUCCAAGAAGCCGCCUGGUGAAAUACCCUCUGCUUCUGCGAGAAAUCUUGAGGCACACACCAAACGACAAUCCAGAUCAGCAGCACUUGGAGGAAGCUAUAAACAUCAUUCAGGGAAUUGUGGCCGAAAUCAACACCAAGACUGGGGAAUCGGAGUGUCGCUAUUACAAAGAGCGGCUGCUUUACUUGGAAGAAGGCCAGAAGGACUCUCUGAUUGACAGCUCAAGAGUCUUGUGUUGUCAUGGGGAACUGAAGAACAACAGAGGCGUGAAACUGCAUGUAUUUCUGUUCCAAGAAGUGCUCGUAAUCACUCGAGCCAUCACUCACAACGAACAGCUCUGCUACCAGCUGUACCGACAGCCGAUCCCAGUGAAGGACCUCUUGCUGGAAGACCUGCAGGACGGAGAAGUGAGGCUGGGCGGUUCCCUGCGCGGAGCGUUCAGCAACAAUGAGAGGAUUAAAAACUUCUUCAGGGUGAGUUUCAAAAAUGGAUCCCAAAGUCAGACGCACUCGCUCCAAGCCAGUGACACCUUCAACAAGCAACAGUGGCUCAACUGUAUCCGUCAAGCCAAAGAAACAGUUGUGUGCGCGGCUGGGCAGGCCGGAGUCAUCGACUCGGAAGGAUCCUUCCUAAAUGCCGACUCGGAGAGCAGGGAGCCACAGGGGGAAAUGAAGCCUGAACAGAUGGACCAAUCAGACAGCGAGUCAGACUGUAGCAUGGACACGAGUGAAGUCAGCCUUGACUGUGAGCGCAUGGAGCAGACGGACUCAUCCUGUGGGAGCAGCAGGCACGUGGAAAGCAACGUCUGACAAAAGCGUGUGUCUGGCCUGGAAGCAGCCCUGUGUCUUACUUGUACAGUAUUUGCAUUCCACAUGUGGAGCCGUUUGGAGAAGCACUUUUUUGAAUACUUUGGUGACUGUGCUGGCCCCGGGCUCACACUGUGUCUCUACGUGUGUCCCGAGUACUGUAACUGCCAGUCACACUGUAUAAGCUGGGGUCUGUGGCAGCCAUUACCCUGUGUUGUCUUUCAGAAGCAUCUGGAUGGAUGGAGAGGUACUUAAGACAAGUUACUUACAGUUGUCCUGCUGGAUUUUUCUAAAAGUAGAAAGGAAAAGGAUCUCUAAGCUGUUGUCUCUGCAGAGUGCCCGUGUUUGUCCAGCUCUUUGACAUGUAGCUGAAGGCCUGGGAUUUAGAGAGCUUCACAAAACAGGAUGUGACAAAGCCACCCUAGAGAAGACAGAGGGAGAAUGGAGAAAGAUCACCCUUGGAAGUGAACUGGUUUUGAUGUCAUUUUACCUGAAGGCCAUCUCGAGGGGUUCUGAAGGCUGCACUGUGCAGAGGACAAGGCGUCGUGUGAACCCUGCCAUUCCCCUCCCCAGUGCACGUUGGAUGUGCUCAUCUCUUAGGACAUGAAACUGAGGCUGACCUCACAAGGGCCAUGACAGCUCCGAAUCUCUCAUGGAAAUGUACACAGCACCAAAAGUUGUCUGUCCCACUUAGUGGCUUGCCUUAGAGAGCCAUUCCUAACCUGAAACAUCAGAGUCAGCCCCACAGGGCCAGGGGAAACCUGGCAGGAUGGGAAGAAAAGCCCCAGCCUUGACUUGUGUCAUCUGUGUGGGCCUCCUCAGGAUAUGGAAUUGGGAACAAGGACAAAAUGAAAGCAUUCUGUGAGUGUAUCCGUGAUGCUGCCCACACGGACACAUAGGAAGAAUCGGGAAGGCAAAGAGCUUCGUCAGACCUCCUGUGGGAAGGGCUAGAAGAGAGAAAGCGUCUCUUGGAGACAGACCUGAGUCCUGAGGUCUCCUUCUCUGCUGUUGGGUCUCAGAGUUCUAAUUACAUUCUUCCAAGGCCAAUUACUGAUGAUCAGCCAAAACCUCUUGGUCUCAUCUUGAUUUGCAUACAGUGCAGGGUAGGGUGUAGACCUUUUAAAAAGUUACCUAAAUACCCAGCAAAGCUCUCUGUAAGUGUAAAUAUUCAGGAUGACCCCCCCUUGCAAAAUUAUACCCACACCAGCACUAGUAGUAGUGAUUCUAAAUUAUUGCCAAAAAAGUUUUUUUUUAAAUAUUCUGUGUCUUUCAAGUUUACAGAAAAGAAAGCAGUAAAUACAAUAUUGUCAUUAUGUACAUGUAUCAUGUGCAUUCAGAGCAGCCAUGUGACAAAAUUUAUCAAUGUAGAAACAACGUAUAUUACAUUAUUAUUUUUCAAGAGAAAACUUGUGGUCAGUUUUACCCUGUAAAACCUAUUUCUGUAUUUAUAGAUUUUAAACAUGGUGAAUUUUUUCUAUUGCAAGUUUAUUUAAAACUGCUUUGUUUCUCAAGUUGCUGAAGUUAGCAAGGAAGUGAAUCUGCUGCGGAUGGAGGCAGAAGAACGCUGAGAGAAAAGACAUUUCAAGUGGGGAAAGAAGGACCCAAUCUUUGCAGGAGAUAUCAGCCACUUUGGCCAAUGUGUUGAGAACAGAGGUUCGUCCAGCGUUGACCUAUGCGAAGGAAGGCACUGAAUGUAUUGAGGAAAUGAAUGUUUUUAUAUAAUGGCCUUAAACUUUUCUGGAAGCAUUUCAAAUAAAUUACCUUAAAAUGCUACCCGCCUUGUGUACGGUGUUUGCCCUACCAAGAACAGCUGUCACCUGUCCUAGUGAGGUGACCAAAAAUUCAGUCUUUCCUUGUGGUUCUCAGAUACACACGUUAAAGAGGGAGUAGGUUGAAAUAAAUAUUCUGAUUUAUUUCAUCAGGGCUUUUGCAUGACUCAGGUUUCUAAGAUCUGUUUAAGUAUUCUUUACUUAUUCAUGUAUUUGUUGUUGAUGCCUGUCUUGAUUCCCACUGUGUAUUUACUCGAGUGAUAAGCCAUAAUUGUUACAGAAAACAGUUGAACUCAUUGUUAAUUUAAGUGACUGUGGAUGAAUCUGAAGCUACAUAAGAAGAUGCAUUUUCUUUUGCAAUUCUAUUGAAAUUUCAGUCUACUUUUAAAGAAUUAAUAUGAAUAA